UUCAUGGUGGUUGUAUGACCUACAUUGAAUUAAACCACAAGGCUGACAUAAGACAAGAGCAAAGUGACAUUGAUAUACGACGUUUGACACAAACAAAAAAGUAACGGUACUGCCAACUUAAUACUCUGAUCUCUAUCAUUUUUCCAAAUUAAGAAUUUUUAUGAAAAUUUCUAUUUUUUAAAAUUAAUUAAACAAAAAUCACAAAAAAUGGGAGACCAGUUUGAUUGUGCUUUGGACUUAAUGAGGAGAUUACCUCCUCAACAAAUUGAAAAAAACUUAAGUGAUCUUAUUGAUUUAGUUCCCAGUCUAUGUGAAGACCUAUUAUCAUCUGUGGAUCAGCCUUUAAAAAUCGCAAAAGAUAAAGAAACUGGAAAAGAUUAUCUUCUUUGUGACUAUAAUAGAGAUGGAGAUUCCUACAGGUCACCAUGGUCCAAUACAUACUACCCGCCCCUAGAAGAUGGUUCAAUGCCAUCUGAAAAGUUAAGAAAACUAGAACUAGACGCCAAUCUUGCAUUUGAUCAAUACAGGGAAAUGUAUUUUGAAGGAGGUGUAUCUUCUGUUUAUUUUUGGGACUUAGACCAUGGAUUUGCAGGAGUCAUUCUAAUUAAAAAGACUGGAGAUGGUAGUAAAAAGAUUAAAGGGUGUUGGGAUUCCUUACAUGUCGUAGAAGUACAAGAGAAGAGUUCGGGAAGAAACUCCCAUUAUAAAAUGACUUCAACUGCUAUGUUAUGGCUUCAAACUAAUAAACAGGGAUCUGGAACUAUGAACUUGGGUGGAAGUCUGACUCGGCAGAUCGAACAAGAUGCAGCUGUAAACGAUAUCAACCCUCAUAUAGCCAACAUUGGAAGAAUGGUAGAAGAUAUGGAAAACAAAAUUCGCAAUACAUUGAACGAAAUUUACUUCAGCAAAACGAAGGACAUCGUCAACAGUCUGCGAUCAGUUCAACCACUGACCGAAAGCCGGGCACAGCAGGCACUUAAGCAAGACCUCGCGGCGGCCCUUCAACGUAGACAAAACAAAACUGAGAACUGAUUAGUUUGUGUAGCAAGAAAUUUUUCGAGUAUCGGUGAGAUCGGUGAAUCAGAUUAAGUUAUUACUAUCGAGACUAUUCACAGUCCUGUGUCUUUAACAUAAACGCAAACAGGGUGUCUAUAGAUGUGUUUGUAGAAUACAAUUGAAUUGUAAUGUUGAAGUAAAGCGAUUAAGUUGUUUAUAAUAUUUACUUCAAUAUUAAAAAUACGUUUGGUACAAGAAUGUUUAUCAGUUCGACUUGCACAUAUGUUGCGUUACAACUAAUGAUAUCAAUUAUACCCUGUUUUUAAACCAGGAGGAGUAAAUUCAAAAGGCAGAUUCACACGCAAUAACGUCACUGGAAUAAUUAUUACACUUUUAUAAAGAAGAACUUUUUAUAAUUUCAUUAUUUAUAGGACCCAAUAUAAAAUUAUAAACUAUUUUGUUGUUUCAAUUUCUGUCAUAAAAGAAUUUUGUAAUCGACUAUUUUAGAGGCAUAUUUUCUUUAGCGGAUUUAAACUCAUAUAAACCAAAGAAAAUAUUUAAAAUGAUAUAUAUAAUAUUUAUAUUAACUUUUAAUUAUUUAUUUAAAAAAUUAAAAAAAGUUACGCAACAGCCGGGUUUCGAACUCAGGACCUCUUGAUCUGCAGUCUAAUACUCUACCACGGAGCCACCAUCAAUUUGUAAUUAUCGAUUUGUUGACGUACUUUAAGAUGGAAUCUAAAUGUCCUUGCAUUAGUCACAUUUUAAAAAUAGUUUGAAAUUAAAAAAAUCGAUUUAUCCAUAAUGACAAACUGGUACGAACAUGUAAACCGAAUGGAACCAGAUAGAUUAGCGAACAUCUGUAAAAACAAGCCGUAUAGCAGAAGACCCGUUGAAAGGCCGCCGAAAAGGUGGAAAGACAAUGUACAGUCAACAACAACUGAAACAGAAUAAGAGGCAGACCAACAGGAGUAAUCCUAAUCAAACGAAGAAGAAGAAGAUUUAUCCAUAUAAUAGCAGUUAAAUAUUGCAUUGUUAGCCAGUUCUGAGCUAUUCUGAAAAUUUCAGGUGCCUAGGUAGCCUAGAACUCUGUUUAAAAUGGAUAACAAAAUUUGCGGAGACAGUGACAAAGACGAAACCAAGUAUACAGGGUGUCCCCGAAAAUAGUGCGUUCCUUAAAAGUAUAGGUAGAAGGCACAAUGUAGAGCAAAAAAGUCUUAUAACAUUUUUUUCUAAAUUGAUCCGUUUGACCAAAAAACGAAGAUACAUUUUGAUAUGCCAACUGAAGUCUGGCAAAAACGCGCAACUCAAAAAUCUAAAGAUUAAAAAAGUAGGUUUGUAGGUCAGUUGCAUCUGGUAGGUAAAAUAAUGUAAAUAUCAACCAAACCCGUAUCCAUUAUUUUGCAGGUAGGUACCUACGAUGUCAACAACCCCAAAAAUCACACCUCAAAGUAAAUAAACAAUGGGUUAUUAGGUUAAAUUUCCACAGUCACAGCAAGUUCUUCUAGGCUACGUUGCCAUGUCAUUCAAAUUUAUGAAAAUAAAAAUUCACUUAUAUGGAGAAAAAUGUAAUUUUUUCUUGGAAUCGGUUAACUUUAGAAAAAAAUGUUAUAGGACUUUUUUGUUCUAAAUUGUGUAUUAUAUCCAUACCUUAAAGGAACGCACUGUUUUCGGGGGCACCCUGUAUAAAAACGUUUUAAAAAUCACCAAGUACAUCUUUUUUGAUUUAGCAUGUGGGUUUUCGACGGUAAUCCAUAAAUAUUAUAUUAUACUAGUACGCCGCUAAACAGUUUUAAAAACAUCUGUUUUUAUAUAAAUGCAGACUAAAAAUUUAAAAACUAAGGAAAUAACGCAGAUAACAUAAAAAAUCGCUGAUAUAAUUUAAUUAACCUAUGAAAUGCCCAUAGUGUCAAAGUUUCAUAAAUGUCAAUUGUGUCAAAAUUUUAUAACAGUGGAGUAAACUUGUCUGAGGUUGGACCAAUUACAAACAAGCAUUGCGGCGCGCUAAAUUUGGAUUACUCCUCCUAGUUUAAAAACAAGGUAUAGUAUCAUUAAAAUGGGCGUGUAGUCAAAAAUUGAGACUACUUUAAAAAUUAUCCUAGGACUAGGAAAAUGAUUAAAUCCUAGGUGCACUAUGUAUAUAUAAGCUUUAUACUAAGUACAAGCUUUUUCUUUGGCUACACUUGGAUUUAACUGAAAAAAUAUAUGUAUUACGCCUUUUUUUUUUCGAGAAAUUUAUAGAAAGUAUAUCUGGAGGGUAUUUUUUUGGUCUGACAAGGAAGCUAUUUACCUGACUGUAUGUGUUGAUCUCCAUUAACUAUACCAGAAAUGGCAAAACUUAUAUAACUUCUCAAAAAUUCCUAUUAUUUCAAGCAUCAUGCAUUUAGUUCCUGUCUUCUGAUACGAUAAGAAUAACUGCUACACAAUAUUUUUGAAAUAGACAGAAUAGCAGGCUAAACCUUAGGUUUAACGUAUCAUGCCAUAGCUGAUAUAAGCUUCUCCAAAAGCCAUAUCUACUACGAAAGUUGGCUAUCACCAUGGCAACUUUAACUCCCGAGGCAAAUACUCAUCACAGUUGGAUAGAACUUCAAGUGAACGAUUCCCUUAGGUUUUGUAACCUAGACAUAUUUCUUCUAACUGUGCUGCGUUUGACUCAUCUUCAUGUGUAAAAUAUCCCUGAUACUGUUGUUUUCUCGUUUUAAUUGCAAGCCAGCAAUAGUGAUUAACCCCUUGAGAAUGACAUUUGAGCGAUACAAUUUAUUGACUCAUGUAAGCAGGAAUCCACUCCACCCCGCCCCAGCUCCAGACUAUCCACUCCCCCCCCCCCUCCGAACAGCACGCUGAUGCGCUAUAGGGGCUCUCUAUUAGCAAAGUGCUUAACAUGUGUGAGUCCGUGCCGUGUACCCAGAACUCGAAACUUUCUGGAUACGAAAUCGUAAUCAAUGCAGGCCAGCGUGGGGCGCUCUAUUUGUGACGUUAAUAUAAUUUUAUCGUCUAGAGUACGCCAAUGAAUUAAGUAAAACGUGUUUUUGUACCGUCUCGGACGGUGUAAAAGUCGGAACGAAAAGCCUAGUUGAUUUAUUAUUCUUGGAGCGUUGAUCGAAGAAUAAUAAACAACGAGGUAUAGGAGAUGAGUUUACGUAGUAUAUCCCUACCAUUUUCCGCAAUCCUACAACCCCCGUCGUCUUUGGUGCGCUGAACGAAUUUCGACGGUUUUCCUUUUACCUAUCCUUAUACGAGCGGUGAUCGUAUUUCCCAACAUGUCUUUUCCUCUGGCGAGCUGAGCGAGAUUUCCUCUCCUUAUACGUCCAUUUCAUAUUAAUAAAAGUAAUUCCUAAUCCAUGCGAUCCUCAAUAUCAUUCAUUAAUGUACAAAAUAUCGUCACAUCGACCCGAACCGAAAACUCGAUGCGUAGAUUUUAAAUAUAUUUUAUUAACGAAAUUAACGAGUAAUUAAGGUUAAUUAUCUUAUCUUUUGUAUGUUUUGAUUCCAAAUAAAAAUGUCUUAAAAAGUGAACUUUUGUCUUCGGCUGAUUUUGUUACCUAGACCAACAAAAGCAAACGACCGCGUUACAUAUUCUCGCUAUCUCUAUAGUGACCUAUCUUCGAUCUGUCUUCAAUGGUAUCUUCUCAGGAGAUUUUUAAGAGUCUUCAAUAUGCCUACCUAGCAAAUGCCUCCAAUAUGCAGUUAGAGCGUUCCUUAUCCAUAUUCUGUUUUCUCGUGUCUAUUCAUUUGCCUCGUUAAUAUUUGUUUCCAGCUACAAAUAGGGUCGUAAUCUAUCUAGUAUAGCUUCUCUACAUUUAAUGGUUUGUGGUUUUGGUUUAACUGUAGGUGUUGUAUAUCUGUGUACACUUAGGUACAGAGCACACGUCGCAACUAUUUUAAAACAACGUUUGAAAACUACAUAGUUGGAAAAGAGUUUCAGGCUGAUCAACUCGUGGGUGAAACCCCCUGCUUUUAUCAUGGGCCGUGCUUUUACUCUGCUGAGAUAACAAAAUAGUUGCAAGUGCAAUCGAUUUCAUAGUUUUAAAACAGUUAUGACACAUUAAGAAUAAGAUGCUAUUUUUGUACCCCCUUGAUUAGGAGAUUAACUAUUUGGUUUCUCACUAUUUCUCACACUCAUCUGAGACUGGCUAGUAGUUCGAAAAAGAUUCAACCAUUUUAUUUUUCUUCAAUCCAAAGUUUCUAACCGAAUUAUGUCUCUUAUUUCCCCCAACUUUAGCAUUAAAAUCAUUCAUUAAUAUUGUGAUGGCUUUUUAUUUGGAUCAUUUUUUUUGGGGGAGUUGAGAAUCUUCAAAAGACCUUCUGGGAAGGUGUCCCAGGUGUGUCGGAUUCGGUCCGUCACGCUUCAGCGUGCCGAACCGCCUACCGACUAAACUCACCUCCUCUUUCUCCAGCCGACAGGUCUGGAACCGCUCUUUGGAGCAAUUGAAAUGGCAGUUGAAUGAUAUAAUGAUGAUGUUUGUCACAAUAAUGAAAGAUUAAUAAUCUACGGAUUUUUAACUUUAUUGAAUAGGUACAUUAGAUUUCUUGAUGUGCAUUCAUAUAUUUGCAUUUAUAUUUUUAUAACAAGUUGUAAAACAAAUAGGAAAUAUUAUAAAAUACCCUAUUCUUUUAAUAUUUUCAGAUUAAUUGUUUUGUUAAAUAUUUAUUAUCACUGUAUAUUUCUUGGCCUAAUAGUUUAGUGUACCACGAAAAAAAAAGAUGCAAUAAUUGUUAUCCUAAACCCAAAAAUUAAAAUGUAAAUAAAAAAAUAUAGUAAUAAAUUAUACCAAUAUACCAAAUCCCUGGUUAGCGCCCUUAAUACGAAAGCUUUGCAACAAUCACAGUUUUCUACACCGUUUGCACUGACACCCUGUAUUGUUUUAGGCUUGUAACAUAUCGCUUUAGAACAUCGAAAGAUUUUAACUAUUGUGUAAAAACGAUAUGGUACACGUUCCCAUUUACCUGAGCUGAGGUUCUAUUUACAGUAUUUUAUAAUUACCUUUACCGAUGGAUUCCACAAGAUAAAACAUUUUCAAAUGAUUAUAUAAGUAAAUUAUUCGUAUUUUUUUAAUACUGAACUGGCUAUCUUAUCUUUCAAUUAUUUUUAUGGUGUAAAUAUACUUUUGUAUACGGAAUAACCACAAACUCUUAAAAAAAUUGCAUAUGCUAAAGUUGGCUAUUAUAAAUUGUAAUGUGGAACGUGCAUAAUUUUUUGUUUAAUUUUUUCUUUUUUCAAUUUAUGACUUAAAUUAAUAUUUUUUUCUUACGGUUUAUGACAUUUUAUAUUAAAUUUUAUAUGUGAGAGAACAUUUUGCUUCACUGCCUUAAUAUGAUUUAAUAAUAUAAGUCUUUUUAGUUUUGCACAUAGCCAUAAAUACAAAAAAUAUAUAGACUUAAAGUACUUUAUUGCUUUUCAAAAUUUGUCUCACCAAGAUCGAUACACAUUUGCAUACAUUCAUACCAAUUGGUAAAACAGUUAUUUAAGUCUUCAGUUGAGACCUGCAAAAUCACUGUUUUAAAGGCAUCGAUGGCUUCUUCUGGCGACUGGAAUCGCUGUCCACGCAUUGAAUUCUUAAUCUUUAUGAACGGGAAGAGGUCGUUGGGACUUGGUCGGGGCUAUACAGUGAAUGGUUUAACAAUUCGAUGUUUUAAAGCUCCAAAAACUCUAUUGUAUUUUUGGCAGUGUGAAAACUUGCACUGUUCUGAUGUAAGAUGAUUCGCCGUUGUGUGUUGCUUUGUCGGAGUUUGGCGAUAACUUCUGGUAAACAAGCGGUUAUAUACCAAUCAGAAGUAACCGUUCUUCGAUCUUCUAAAAAAAUUGUUGCCAUAUGACUAGAUUUUGACACAAAAGUUGCGACCAUUUUCUUUGACAUACGCGGAUUGGCGUUUAUUUUCCGGUUCGCAGGAGUAAAUCCAAGAUUCAUGGCCACUAACAAUACUCUUAACUCGAAACGUUUUUUGAGCUUCCUUUAUUGAACCGUUCCAAUGUUUUUCGACACCAACUGAUGCGAACCGCUUUUUCUCUUCCGAGAGCAAAUGAGGGAUCCAACGAGAAACCAACUCGUAACACCCAGUUCUUCAUGUAGGACCUUUUGGAUCGAGGUUUUUGAAAUGCCCUAAGAUGUCUCUAUUUCCCGGUAUGUUACACGGCGGUCAUCCUUAAUUAGCUGACGAAUCAUAUCAAUGUUCUGUUGUGACUGAGGUUUUGGGUGGACCUGGUCUGGAUUCGUCGCUGAGACUGGUGCGACCACGUUGAAAUUCCACAUACCAGCGGGAAAUAGUUAAAUGGUGUGAUGCUUCAUUUCCAAACACAGAAACCAUUUUCAAUCAUUCACUUUUCGACCGACAUGCUAAUAUCAAAAAUCCCUGUAUAUACACGACUAGUAUCACAGUGAUACUCUGGAUUUAUAUCAACAAAAUAUUGAGGUUACAUUUGUCUUAGAGGGUGGCGCCCUCUAACCGGCUAUAUGCAAAACUAAAAACACCUCGUACACGUGGCACAGAAGUGAAGAAUUUGAAAAACAACAAAUCUUAAUCAUAAUGUUAGCACGAGAACAAGCGUAAAGUGUCUAAUAGCAUAUAGCUUUGAACAAUAAUUAGAUUUUAAUUUUCUAACGAUAAGAAGAGAGUUUGUGCAACAUUCUGCAUAUAAUAUUGAAAGAUAAUAUUACGAUACACCCUUUAUUUUGUAUUGUGGAAUCAGACCAAUCACCUUAUGUCUUUAUUUUAAAUCAAGUUUGUUGGUAAAACUUUUUAUUGCUGAAAGAAUGUAAAUUGUGUUGCUUGUAAUCUGGCAAAAUCUUCGCUUUUGCAUAUCUUCUUUAUCGUUUCCUUGAUUUAUUGGAAAUUGUAUGAAAUUCUGACUUGUUGAUAAUUAUUUUAUUUAUAUCUUCCUCUAAUCUAAAUUUACAUUUGAGUAUAUUAUUUUUAUGAAGCUCAAUGUUUUCCCCUUGUUAUUAUGUAAAUUUCUAUUAAAAAUACAUUUUAUAUAUAA